GAAAUGGUCUCAUUAUGUUAACACAGUGUGAUGUAGAUAAAUGUCCUGUCGACAACAUGAUGUCUGGGAAAUGGAAUGGCACUUAUUCUCAUUCUUUAGGCACUCGAUCUCAAUAUUCAGGGGCUCAUUUUCACUCUUUAGGCACUCAUGUUCACGCUUCAG